GGUGGCAGUAGUGCUGGUGACGGCAGCAACACGUAGUAGCGGCGGUAGCAGUCGACGGCAUCACAACGCCGAAGUGACCACGUACGUAGGGAACGUCGCAGAGCGAUCCGUUCUCCGUUCCGACGCGCUGAUCACGGUGCACGCAGUCGCAUCACGGAGCGGAUUGUCCCGUCCGCGGCAUCCACCAGCCCUCUCCCGUCGUCGAGCACGGCUACGUCGUUUGCGGAUCGCGGCUACGGAAUCGCUCUGCGGAAACACGCCUGGAAACGCCGAUCGAGCUUGGCCCGGCUGCUUGGCAUCCCCGUGACAGAAUGAAGUUAUGCUGGAGUUUGGCUCUCGUGGCCAUCGCCCUGUCGAUGAUCCUUACAAUCGCCCGAGCGGAAAGUGAUCUGUGGGAGGAGGACGACAAGGAGGUCCUUGUGCGGACAGUGCGCGGAACUAAGGAACGAACAUCCGGCAGUUCAUCGUCGUGCAGAUACGUAAAGAGUCAAUGGUCGGAAUGUGACCCGAACACCAACACACGAUCACGCACCCUGAGCCUGAAGAAGGGCGACAAGUCCUGCGAGCAGACCAAGACCAUCCAGAAGAAGUGCAAGAAAGCAUGUCGAUAUGAGAAAGGCGCGUGGAGCGGAUGUGUGAAUCAAAUGAUGACGAGAAUCGAUAAUCUGAAAGUGAACAGCGACACGUCCUGCGAAAAGACGCGACGGCUCACUAAGAGGUGUAAACCGGAGACUAACACGAAGAAAUCCACCAAAGGGGAACGAUCGAACAAGAAGUCGAGCAAGCAGUAAUCAUCCGCCAAUCUCCGAUCAUCUCUUCUAAUCGGGCAACGAAAGCGCACUCUCAUCUCCUCGACUCUUACCUUUACUCGAUCCUUUGUCCAAUUGCCAAUUGAUCGCGAGGCAGGGCACAAAUGGAAAUCUGGAUGGCGGCGAUAGCCGCCAGCCGAAGCAUUUGUUAUACAUACUGCCUGAUGAAUCGUGCAUCUCGGACGCAGCGAUGCGUACUGCGCUGCACAACUGCGAUCGCCCUCAGCGAUGCGCCGCCGUCGUUUGAUUAUACAAGUUAAUUACUGUUAAUAAUUCGGGAUGGCAUGCACGUCUCGGUGAUCACUUCUGCUCCCGGCGGAGGUCAUUAACCCUUCCGAGAGCCGCGUUGUUUAAUUGUUGUUUCUGUACCGCGUUACCGCGGCGGUUGCAAGUUUAUAGAAAAUAUUGCUCUUAGCUGUCGCGCUGAUUGGAACAACUCCUCCGUAUGUGCAACCUAUUGACAUAAUUCGCAACAAGUCCCCUCAUAGAGGAGCUAUUGAUCGCGUAAAGGUUUUUCUAAAAAUGGACGCUGACGAGAAUCUUGGAAGGGUUAAUCUUGCGGGUCGCGCAAUCAGCCGGAGAAUCGAUCGAGCGGGGUGCCGAUAAUGUCGUGUGACAUGUUCGAGAUGACGAAAACCGAACACGGCUGUUUUACGUCAGACACGAUGCAGUGAUGUAGUUUGUUGCGAUGUUUUCUUCGAACUCACGCGACUUGGAAUUGCAAAAAUUCGGAGACCCUUAAAAGCUCGAGCGUUAGAUUCCAGCGUGUUCUCGCGGAGUUUGCAUCACUGAUUGUUCAACUGAUUGACAAGCGCAACACACCCUAGAGCUUCCCGAAAGAGAACUAGAAACAGCCGCCAUUUCGGCGGCUCGCGAAAGAGGAUAAGAUCAUUUGCCAAAGCUGUUCUCUCGUCUUCCCGCAGCGAUUAUUAAUAUUAUUAUUGUUUAUCAUUAUCACACAUGAGAAGCAGCAGUGACCUCCCCCUCCUCCUGCCCCCUUUGGCUUAGCUGCUGAUCCAUUUAAAAUCAUGUACAAUGUUCAUGUUUGUCAUACUAAACAGCUUUCAUUCGAUUGUCACAUAAAUAUACAGUGUUUGAUGUUCAAAGUAACUGUGUCCUGUAACGUGCGCGAGAUAUUCCGACAAUUAUUACGCCGUCGCGAAGGUUCACCAAUUUGAAUCUGAACGAGUGUUGGAGGAUGCGCGAAAGGUGGACGGCAUCCUACGAUUCGGAAUUUUCGUACUUGGGUCACGGCUAAUCAAAAAAUUGUCAAAAUCAAAAGAAGGAAGACGAUGAAAAAGGAGCCAUAUCAAAACAAUAAUUGAGAGUAAAAUGGGUGAAAAUGGCGAUAUACGUAUACACGUGAAGCACAGAAUGUUCGCGCGAGCCUAAUGAAUUUUCCUGGAAUCCUCCGCGCCUCUCUCGACAGGACGUCGUCACUUCCGAUGUUAAUAUUCGCAGUUAACGUUAUAAUAAUGUAUCAAAUGAUAACUGGCAAUAUGGAAACUCGCAAGCCAAUGAGCAUAAAAAUCAAACUAAAAUAACUCGUCGUCUCGUUGUCUCGUCAAAUGUGCAUGCUCCUGCAUGCAAGAGAGAAAAAGAGAUCACUUUCGACACCGUGAAAAUCAAAUCCCUUCUCCCUGCAUACAAGAUUGUAUUUCUUUCUAAGUCUAGGUGUAUACGCAGAGGCUCGUCGGUGAGAAGAAGUUAAGCCGUUCGCGCGUUUGGUACCGCACGCGUGUGCGAUCUACGUGUGCGACACGUUUCGAAAAGUGCGUGUAGAGUGAUGCGAGGAGAAAAUAUUUUCUACCAUGUAAUUCCUCACCUCACGGACCUUUAUGACUUAUGGAAGUUUGCUUUUGAGCUCUUACACGAACGUCGCGUCGCGCGUAUAUAUCAGAAUUAACUCUUCUACGCGCGGCGGAUAUUUUAACCGGAUCUCUGAGGAUUAAUUUGAGAAAUUAAUGGAUGCGUCGCGUAUGUGGAGUCGCGCACGUGUCGUCGCUAAGCGCCUAGGUCUAGCUCCCGUAUUACAGCAUAUCAUCAUUACGCGUAAAGCGAAUCUAUCGAUAAAUCAUAAGAUAGCGUUAUCUCUGUUCUAUGGGCUCUUCUCUAAUUACUAUUAAUCCUUCAUCCCCUUUUAUCCUUCCCCGUUAAUCCUUCGACCGGUAAAUUCAAUUCCACCGAAUUCUCUAUUCCCGUUCAAACUAACCCAAGUCGAAGCAUCUUGCAAAAGUGCAAAGUUGCAGUUUCACAAGUCGCAUCGACGAGGCCAGCUUAUAUUUUAGUGUACGCGCGAUGUGGCCGGAAGUGGACUCGUAUGUGCCGGUUGAAAGCAUUAAAUGUCUUCGAUGAGCGUUACAUCUAUUUUACAAUGAGCGCUAAUUACAUACGCGAUUGGAACCAUUCGCACACAUAAUUCUGCCCGAAGGAUUCUUUUCUUUUCCUUUGAAACACUCGAGAAAUGUCUAAUCCCAUCGCGCUCUUACACGGAAUGCCAUGAGUCAUCCUUUUCAAUUCUGAUUACCGUGGGAUUUUCCGAUUGUAAUGAUUGUAUAGGAUUGCGUAAUCCUCAAGUGCUUAAUUGCAAGUGUGCAGUUACCUCUCGAUGUAGAAUAGGUGUAAUGAGUAUUGUGCUUGACUUCUCUGUGUGGAGCUCGCAGGAGGCUCUCCGUGUUUUAAUCGCAUUGUAACAUAGCAUGAUAGAAGGUACAUCAGUAAAAAAAACCUAGAGACUAAUUUUUCAGAUCCUUCGACAAUUACACGAGACGUUCCGCGGAAGAUGCACGUCGGUAGCGAAUUUUUAUUCUUAGAGAAAUUACGGAAUGAUAAUAUUAUGGAUAUUAUUUAUAUUAUAAAAUUAUGGAAUAGAUUUCUAGAGAUAAACUAGAUAUAAAAAGGUAAAUUAGAUUUUGUAUGUCGGUACUUUGAAUUGCAAAGGUGCUAGAGAAUGAUCGAUCAAGAUUUUAAUUCGCAUUUCAGAUCGCGCGUUGAAAGUCUUACGAGAAAAAUGAUUCCUUUCCGUAUGUCUCUUGCGGACGAUUUUCGAUCAUCCGCGUGCAGUUUUUUGGAACGUCUCAUAGAUAUUCUAGAUAUAUUACGAUAAGAGAAUUAUUUAGAGAAUUUUAUUCAUUAUUAUAACUAAAACAAUUAGUGUAGACGGAUCGCCGUUCUAUUACGGACCGUUAAGUUUCAUAAUUGAUCUUGUUGAUUUAACGUUAGUACAACUAUAUAAAGAUUUGCAACAAACUCUUUUGAUCAUUUUGCUCGCCGAAAAUUUUCUACGCAUUUCGUUAACGUAAGGGGAACGCAACUGCCUUCCAACGAUUUAGAUAAAUGAAUAAUUUGUUUAAAUCGCUGACCCACGCGUGGUUGUUUCACGAUUGACAUUAUUCGAUCGCUUAGAUCGUAUAGUUUAGGAUAGUUCCUGAAUUUGGUGUAUCGUAGCUCGAUGAAGUGAUUUUCUUUACAAACUACUAUAAAAGUUGUAUAAUGCAUCUACUUACUUAUUGAAGUAAUUGUGUAACCAUUACACAUGUAACAAAAAUCCAAUGUUGUCAAUAAAAGUAAAAAUAUUAUAUAUAUAUGCACACCA